AUGAUUUCCUUCUUUUCCUGGUGCACCGGACUCCACCGGAAAACAAAAGAAUAUACAGAAAAACAAGGUCAGUAUCAAACCUCCAAGCCAACUGAUCAAUCUAAUGAAAUACAUUUCAAAACAGCCUACAUUGAUGUACCAUGCGCAUGGGCAGCCCCGGAGAAUGUAUUAAUUUUCCAAGCAUUUGAAUGGCAUGUACCUGCAGAUCGAUGCCACUGGAAUCGUUUACGACGAACUCUGCCAAGUCUUAAAAGUCUUGGUAUUGAUCAAAUAUGGGUUCCGCCGGGGUGCAAGGGCAUGGACCCGGCUGGGAAUGGGUAUGACAUUUACGACUUAUUCGAUCUUGGAGAGUUUGAUCAGAAGGGAGCGAUCUCUACCAAAUGGGGAAGUAAAAGAGAGUUGAUGGAGUUUAUCCAUGAAGCGAGGUCUUUGGAGAUAGGUAUUAUUUGGGAUGCUGUUCUCAAUCACAAGGCCGGUGCGGACUUUCCGGAGAAGUUUGAUGCGGUUCAAGUCGAUCCAGAAGAAAGGAACGUGGCAAUAUCCAAACCAUUGGAAAUAGAUGGUUGGGUUGGCUUUGACUUUGCCGGUCGCGGCGAAUCUUACAGCUCUAUGAAAUACCACUGGCAACAUUUCAAUGGUGUUGACUGGGAUGAUAAGAGCAAACACCAGGCUAUAUACAAGAUUUUGGCGCCUGGAAAGGGAUGGGCCUCUGAUGUCUCCUCAGAGAAUGGGAAUUAUGAUUACCUCAUGUUUGCUAAUCUAGAUCAUUCCCAUCCUGAAGUGCGACAGGAUCUCCUUAAUUGGGGCACUUGGAUUAGCAACGAUCUAUCCCUCAGUGGAAUGAGGUUGGAUGCGGCUAAGCACUUUUCGACUGCAUUUCAAAAAGAUUUUGUGGCUCAUGUUCGGACUUCCAAUCCGGACUUUUUUGUUAUUGGCGAGUACUGGACUGGGCAUAUUCCCUCACUUCUGCAAUAUCUUGACCAGGUCGGACAUACUGUUGCAGCUUAUGAUGUGCCUCUUCUUGAGAAAUUCUCAAAAAUAUCUCAUGCACGGGCCGCUGACCUUCGUGGUAUCUUUGAUGAUACGUUGGUUCAGUGUAGACCUGAUCAUGCUGUGACGAUUGUUGCCAACCACGAUACGACCCUAAUCGCCCCGAACUUCAAAUUGAUAUCAUACGCACUAAUCCUUCUUCGAAAAGGGGGCUUCCCAUGCUUAUUUUACGGUGAUGUGUACGGGAUACGAAGCAAUGUGCCGGACCCAAUGACACCCGCCUGUGACGGAAAACUUCCCAUACUUGCCAAGGCAAGAAAAGUAUAUGCGAAUGGCGAACAGAAAGACUAUUUCGAUCGAAGGAACUGCAUUGGAUUCGUCCGCGCUGGUGUGCCGGGGACACGUCCCGGGCUUGCGUGUAUCAUUAGCAAUGCAGGGUCUAACCGGAAACGGAUGUUUAUUGGUCAAGACAAUACGAGACAGAAAUGGGUUGACCUAUUAGGUAACCAUGAUGCGUCUGUCAUCAUCGAUCGAAGGGGCUAUGGUGUUUUCCCUGUUAAUGCGAUGAGUGUCAGUGUGUGGGUUGACUCUGCGAUCAACAGAGAUGAGCAGGAGUUCUUAGUCAAUGGCUUGUUUGCAGUUAAGCCUGUGCGAAUUAUCAUAAUCUGUUUUGGUUCCAUCUCCGUGUCGCACCAAUUUAGUAUGUAUCUAAUGUCGUAG